GUUCAAGUCGAGUUGCUGUUCCUCUAUUAAACGCUUUCCCUGACUACUAUUCAUCUCGCUCUCUUGUUUUAUAAUUUUAACUAGAUGAUACGUACUCUGCCUCCCAAAGGUGUUUUAAGUUACAAAAUACCAUUUUUGCUAAUUUUAAAAAUUUUUUUGAGAACAAGAAGGGGUUUUUUAUCCUAUGUACUUCAACCUCGGAGUGUGGUUUCUGGUACUGUGACUUCCAGACAGCGCUAAGCUUCGUGUUUCUCUGACAAACUAGGUUUUAAAUAAUGUAGGUGACUGUCAUACUCUUGCUUCUGCUUUUUAAAAACACAAAAUGUCUGAAGUUAAGCAAAGGAAAAAAGGUGUUUCUUUGUCCAAGACCAAUGAAGGUUCACAGAAGGCUGAGAAACACAGUAAUUGUGGGAAGCUGGCAAGUCCCAGGACCAGCAAUAAUCGGAGCUCCUUUUGGAUGGACUCGCGGACAAGCUUAAGCAUAAUUUCUCUUGCUGUUUGCCUGAUGCUGACCUGGUUCCUAUUUCAGCAGUCAGGUCAAUUUGCUGAUAUGGAAAAAAAGUACAAGUUCUUACAGCAAGAAGCUGUAAAAUUCCUGGAUGUGGAAAACAAAGUUAACUUAAUUUCUGAAAAGCUUGAGUCUUCUGAAAGUAUCCUACAAGAAGCUGCCUCAUCCAUCUUUGUGAUGACUGAGUUUGAGCAGGAAGUGUCUUCUCUUCAUAACAUCAUAAAUGACAUUCAGAACAAUGAACAGACUCUCUCUAUAAAGAUGCAGAACAUUAAUGAGAAGUUAAAAAAUGUUACAAAUUCCUGGAGAAGAAGCUUGGAUGAAAUGAACACAAACACUAGCGAUUUAAAAUCUGAAGCAAAGUUCAUACAUACAGAAGUUACUUCCCAAAUUAAUGAAGUUGACCAAAGAGUUAAAUCCCUUUCAGAAAGAGUAAGAGAUUUGGAAGACAGUACAGCCAGAAAUAUUAAAACACUAAAAAGGCAAGAAGAUGAUGAAUUCUCUAGAGUUGAACAAAAGUUGGACUUGCAUGCAAAGGCAGUUGAAAAGCUAGAAGAAGAACAGACUAGUCUGGUAGCCAAGGACACAGACCUGAAUCACAAACUUGCAAACUAUGAACCUAAAGUUGAGGAGUGUAAGACCCAUUUGCCAACAAUUGAAAAUGCUAUUCACUCUAUUCUUAGAUUAUCAAGUGAAUUGCUAAGUAAGGAGAAAAAGAUAGAGGACUUGGCAACACAGCUAUAUACUGUGGAAAAUAAUAUGCUGAAAACUGUUUCUGAUACAAUGGUGAUGCAAAAGGUUCUUGAAGGCAUACAGUACAACAGCAGCAUAAUGAAAAUGCAAAAUGAAAUAGUGGUUUUAGACGAAGCAGUGCACGACAUAAUAGUAUCUUCAAAAUCAAAAGAAACAAAUUUAGAAAGCUGUAACUUAGGAAAUGACCAGAACGGGGAUAAGUGAAUUUGGAUGUAGAAAUUGUUCUACAUCUCUUUCUACAUGCUCUUUCAUUGUUGAAAGAGCACUUUUAUUAUAAAUAAUGUGACUCUAACACAUGUGAAGGAUGCCUGAAAUACUGUCAUUAAUUUAUUUGAACAAGCAUUGGAUCAGACUGAAAGGCAGACUUAAAAUAAAGAGGCUAGAGAGCAAGAAAUACUGCAUUGAAGGAGGAGUUAUUUUCUUAAAUCUAGGAUUAUUUUCAGCUUAUUUAUUAACAGUUCAUUUUUAUUAAAAAGGAAUUUGAAGCGAAGUAUUUAGAUUUAAGGGGGAAAAAAGUCAAAACUGGAGACAUCAGAUUACAAUUUAUAUUUAAUUUUCACUACUUAGUUUUUUAUAUUGUUACUUAGUGUAUUAUAUUCCAUGGACUUGUAGCUCAGUGAAGAAUUCCGUUUGUAUUGCUAGGUAGAUGUAGAUUUGCCUUGCUUUUAAUGCAUUAUAUACCAUAAUGUUUUUGUGCUUAUGGUACACACAUGGCUCAAGGUCAAGAGUUGUUACUGGGAUUUAUGUAUUUUAUGUGCAGGAAAGCACCAAGUACAUUUCUAACAUCUGAAGCUUAGGUACAACAGCGUUACAGAGAACACUAGUAAAGUACCCCUUACCAAGAACCUUGUCUUGUACUGGUAUUUAUAAGCAGGGGAUUACAUAGCAGCUGGUAUUACCUUUUACUUCUUUGACCCCAUGCAAAUAGCCUGCUUAGACCUUAUUUCUGGCUUUUUCAAACUUCUUAAAAUCACUGGCAUAGUUUUUGUUCUGCCAUUGAAUGCGUCAGACUACAUAUAGCCUGAUAUUAACAGAUAUUCUUGUUAGAUUCUUCUUCCAUCACGUAAUUUGCAAGUUCAGCAUGAUCAGUCACUGUAUUAGUUUGGGGAUAUUUUUCUUUUUUUUGUGGCUUUGUUUGCUUGUUUUGGUGCUGUUAGAAACAAUUUUAACCUUUUCUUCUAUAGAGUGUUCUCUGUUAGGCAUUACAUGACAGGUAUGGUAUUGCUUUGCAUUUCAAAGGGGGGGGGGGGGGGGACCAGACCCAGAACUUAAGUGUCACUGACAUUGACUGGCAUUGUUUCCCAAAGCUGGGUGAACCAAGAGCUGCAAAAGCAAGUUAAUGAAAGCCACGGAGUUAUCUGCUUGGGGCAGGGACUAUCUAAUUCACCCAUGGAACUAAAUAGAUACCCCAUAGGCCUGAUAGCUGUUCAUUGAAACUGGAUAUCAGGACCACCAUAAAGUUGUGUCAACAGACUUAUGUCUUGUUAAUUUCCUAUUUCUGAAGUUAAUAAAGGAGAUUGCUUAGUAGACACUAUGAACACACAACACUUAAAACCUAAGCCUGAUAAAGUUAAUUUAUUCUGGUUUUGUAUAUUCAUUUAUCUUGAACUCUCAUGAAACCUUCAUGAAACGGUCCAUUCAAGAGACUAUUACAUUUCUCAGUGUUACAAAGUCUACCAGUUUCAUAUAUUUAUUCCUUCUGUAUAGAUUUGUAUGUUUACAGUCAUAUUCAAUAAAAAUAUAUUGUAGUGGGCUGCCCUGACCUGGUGCAUGAUCUAAUUCAAAAUAGACUGCUCUUCCAGAACAGGUAUGGAAUAAAUAAUUCAAUGUUGCAUUAAAAAAUACUAUUCUGUAUGGAAAUUUUUUUAAAAUACUUUCCACAAGUGUA